AUGGUGGGCCCGCCGACGGAGGGCGCUUCGAACUUCCUGCGGGAGAGCGAGGGCGUGAAGUUGAAGUUUGCGUGCGGUCUAUGCCCGUUCCGGUCGUUCUCGACGCAGGCGUUGCUGGCCGCGCACGUCUCCAAGUACCACCUCAGAAAGACGCGAGUCGUGGCCUCUGGCACGAAGCAGUUCAAUGACGUGUGCGCGUUGUUCGACAACGACCGACUUCUGCGCACUCCAGCAGGGAACUUGCUGAAGCGGUCUGCGACGAUCCUCCGCGAGACAGCAUCUCCUGCUGUUCAUCGCGGACAGAACGCCAUUGACAAUGGCAUUGUCCUGGUCCUCGACGAAGACGGGCCGUCAUAUCAGAACAAGGCAGCUGUGGGACAGAAUCUCGCGUGCAGACGAGUGGGGCACACGUACUAUACCCGUGGCUUCGCGGAUAUUCUGUUGCAGGAGUCCUUGCGCCACCAUGGGCGCGUUCGCCCUGCGACGUUGCGGACGUGCGCUCGCGUCGUGGAGCAGGGCUCCGAGCUGAGCAGCAUGUUGCCGACGCGCGUUGAUCACUGGCUGAAGCUAAUGGAAGACGUGUUCAACAGCGCGCACGUAGAAAUGCGCAGCGCGGCGCUGAUGGAAGAAUGCCACCGGCAUGAGGAAUUCCCCCACGUCUCCAUGGACGCCACUAUCCGCAUUCUGCGCAAUGUCACGGGCCAGGCAGACUAUCGGUCUGCACAAGCAGUGCGCGACGCUGCGCCCGUGCCGGACGUGGACGCCAAGCGCUGCGUCCUGACACUCGCGGGCAGGGCGGGCGCGGCGCUCGGUGUUUUCCUGGCGAAGGACGAGGGAGCUGACGAACUAGCUGGAGCCCUUGCAGCUCGUUGGUCGGCGGCGUGCAGAUCGCAGACGGUGUCCAUCGCCAGUGAUCAGCCGAGCAGAGCGCUAUUCCGGGCCAUGCGAUGCUCAUGUUUUCCAAAUUUAUUUAUCUUGAGCCUCGACCCGGUCCAUCUACCCAUCACGUACGAGGAGACGCACUGGAGGAAAAAGACAGUGGGAUCACGACUGUUGCGGAUACUGAUGGCCAAGUUUACGAAGGUGGAUUGCACACUACCCGCGCACUACUGGGGGGCGCCGUUCGACGGCACGAAUGCCCCGAAUCUGCGGCCAAUAGAGGAGCGCGCGCGAGCACAGAUACUCGAUCAUUCACUCGCGAAGUCGCGAGCACAACAUGUGAUCGACCACGCGAACGCCGAGCUGCCAUGGAAAACAACGCAUGAGUUUAUCGAAGCAAUCGCCGCGCUGAGCGCGUUGGUUCCAGAAGAGCUUGCUCGCCGCACCCACGUGAAUAACGUUCAACUGGAGAGGUCGAGCGGGUCACUAGCGGCUUGCACGUCGGCUUCGGCGACGGCGCCUCUCCUCCAGGGCGGCCGGCAGCGGAGCGGCGCGCGGCAAAUCGGCCCCGGGCGUGCGAUGCAUGGCGGCAAGCUCGCCUUGGGUGCAGCCAGCGCGCCAGUGCGGCAGUGGCAGGAUACGGGCACGAAGAUCGCACGUCGUGAGCGCAGCCGCGAGCUGGCGGCCGUCGUUCACCCGUGCCUGUUCGGUUGUCCCGCCCGGGACGAGUGGACGCACUACGCCGACUGCUUCCCGCUCUGGUCCACCGUGUACAGCCUCAUCGGGAAGCGCCCGCCGCCGAAGCGGUUCGAUACGCUCGCCUUGAAUGCCCAGACGGAUACGUUCGGAGGCUGGAGCGCCUCGACGCGCAUGGCACGCUCCGACGGCUUCUUCGGGACCAAGGAGAAGCACCGAAUGGCGCCCAAGGAGCUGAUGUACAGCGAGAGGCUGGAGAGGAAGGUCCAGCACCAGGUCGAGCUGAUUCACCAAGACGCCCUGGCGAGGACGGUGGGCAAGCUCCGGAAGGAGGCCCUCGCGGCGACGGCCCCGGCCUUCUCCGCAAACAACGGGACAGGCAGGCCGUGGGCCCAGCCGAAGACCAGCCGCGGGUUGCGGCUUCUUCUCGACGCCGGAGCCUUACAAGCCUGGUGA